AAAUAGAUCUGAAAUGGCUGAGCAAAGUUCCCACAUCAAAAUCAGCUUCUCAGCCAAAGAGUCAACUGAAAAGGAAGAAGAGGACGAACAGCAGAUAAUGAACAAACAGGGAGGGGACGAGGGUGCUGUAGUGAAGGUAGACGAAGACAAUGGAGGUGCAGCUGAUGGUGAUGACGACGAUGAAGACGAAGAAGACCUAGUUGACCCGUUGGACACAUUGCGUGAUUCAUGCAAAGACAUGAAGACAUGUCAUGGUCUGAAUGAGAAGUUGGAAGCAUGCACACAAAGGGUAGAAGGGAGGAGCAAAAAUACUGAAGAGUGCAUAGAAGAAAUGCUUGAUUUAGUUCACUGUGUCGACAAAUGUGUGAGCGAAGAAAUUCACCACCACUGGAAAUAGAAAAGUUAUUAAUAAAAUAUUGCGACUUUUAAACAAAGAAACCAGUUGUAUAUGAUUAGAAAUGUUAACUAGACUCUUAUUGCACACUUAACUGAAUUUACUGCAAGAUUUGGUUUAUUGUGAUGCGAUUAACGGACAGUGAGCUGAAUUAAAUUUUUUCACUACGUCA